CUUCAGAAAAACAUGGAGAGGAGGAGUAGAAAUUUGUUCUGAUUUCCAUCUAUCUUGCCACGAAACAAGACAACAAAUCGGCGAUUCUUGGUUAGUGAACAGGCUCGAAAUUUCGUCAUGACGUUUUACGACAACUAUUAUGAGACAGUUUUACCAGAUCUUCCCUCGUACGAUUUUGUUCUGGACGAUAGCCCGACAUGCCACCAAUCUCUGAAGUACUGGACUGAUCGAGCAGCUGAGGUAACCGUAAACAUCACGUCUGUUUUUAUGAUUUGUUAUUAAAUCUGUAACUUGUGUCUUGGUUUUGUGCUGUUCCACAAAAAUCCUUUAACUGCGAUAAUAUUGUGGUGAAGUAUCAUUGUCACGUAGUCUUAACCGGCGGCGGUUUUACCGAAACUGCUACUUGUAACUUAAGUGAAAACAGCUGUGUCUAAACCAAUAUAAGUUAAUGACAAGAUCGGUUUUUUGUGGUUUUAUAAUUGGUCUUAAGCUAUUUUCUUGAGUAUUUAAACGUGAUCUAGGUGCCUGGCAUUGAGACAAUUUGACUAAAAAUAAUAUUGUUUAAUCUCGUUGACGUCUUGUAAUGACAUUUAAAACGUUUUGACACCUGCUCCAAAUCUUGGAACUAAUGGCUCUGCCGGCGAAUCAUACAUUACACUGUACGCUGUAGGUUUUCUGAACACCUGGAAAGCUUAUGCGCUGCUAACUCAGUACCACUAGUCUUCGUGUCAGAUCUUUUUUCUUUUUGCCAACUCCAGGGGAGAACCUAGAUAGCACAGACAGGCCAUUAUACGUAGUUGUCAAUAAGGCUAGGAAAUAUCAGUCUCCUUCCAGUUGUUGGUGCAGUUUAGAUAUUUUAUAUAUAUUUUCAGAUAUUCUAAAGAGCUAAAAGUCAAUUUAACUUUCUGCACAUUGACGGUGGAAAGACUUUGUAUCCCUUUUCCCUUUGUUGUUUAAAGUGGAAGGAGGCUGGGCUCAUACUCGGUGUAAAAACCUGUAAAACUCAGGAGUGAUGUAAAAAAAUAAUAAUAUUAAUAUAAACAAGCCACUGAAAAGUCAACACAAUAGAGCCAAGGAAAAUAAUAGCUAGAAAACAAAGAAAAAAUUCACUGGUUUUUACAUCGAGGAUGACCCAGAGGAUAUAGGUAGCUGGUAAGAGGCAUUGUGGGAACUUCUGCCUUUUGUUAUUUGAAUUGACUGAUGGUAUUUUAUCCUCUAGAUCACGCCUGGGUUAUCAAAACUCUCAAGCACAGUAGAGUCCUAUUAUAACACUGGCUUACAACAUAGUCAGGCUGCAGCUGGGUUUGGAAAUGCUCUUUCUGAUGUGGCUAAAACUCUUCAGAAUGAUAAAGACAUAAGUGAACCUAUACUAAAGGUAAUAAAUAUUUUUUAAAAAAGUCAUCUAUUGGUAGCGUAAAAUUCCGAAAAUAAGCCCCUGUGCGUAUAUUUUUCAAAGGCCCUUUUUGAGGGGCCUGUUUUUGGAGGGGCUUAUCUUUGGAAGGAAAUUUGCGUCUCAGAAUCAAUAAGACUAGCCUUAUCGAUGGAAGGAAGUUUACCGUUUUUGCUUUGCUUUACUUUGUAUUUGAGGGCAAUUUCCAAGUACAAGUCCCCGGGGGUCUUAUAUUUGGAGGUGCGAUUUAACAGAGGGUUUUUUGCGUUACUAGUUUGAGGGGCCUAUAUUUGAAGGGGCUUAUACAUGGAGGGACUUAUUUUCGGAAUUUUACGGUAUUGUAAUGUUGUGUUCUUUUGUAAUAGAAACCAUGAUCACUUCUCAUGAACUGUUUUCAGCUUCUUCACUAUUAUUAAUAAUUGAUGAUACUAGUAAUAAUAAUAACAGUACUUAAGCUUUUCACUGGAUCACCAAAUGGCUGACAAUCUUUUCUUUGUUACAGUUUGCAGAUAUGUUUCAGCGAAUUGAGUGUUACAGAGAUAUGUUCUUGAGUCAAACACAGAUCCUAACCCUUCAGCCACUUGUAGCUUUGACUAAAGAGUUUGAAAAGGCUAAGGUUAGCUUUAUUCAUUAACUAGUAACAUAAGGUGGCAUUUUAGUAUUGACGAGGAUUGUUUACAAUACAAUGUACUGUGUAUGUGCGGUUAACUGGACUGUUAGUAAUGUUUUUGGUUGUUUUGGGCAGCUUAAGUCUUGAUUUAUUUGUUUAUCUAUUUAUUUUUGUUGUUUACCACAUAUGUUCAUGGUAUGAGAACUGACAUAAAUUUUAAUUUUACAGGAUCUUCAGUCUCAGAUGCAAAAAGCUCGAGAUGCUUUGCAUGUAUCCUGGGAAAAGUUCUCCAGUGUUCCUCAUCUAACUAACUUGCAGGAGGUAAGGAAAUCUUAAAUAAAAUUUGAUGGCAGAUGUUGUGAUUUAAUUUUACCCUUGGUUUAAAUUUUGUUUUCCUGUGUUUUAAACUUGUUAUCGUAAAUUAUCAUUUAAAUGCAUAUAAAAGGAAAACUUAAAACUAAGAAUUAAAGUGAAGUAUUCGUUACAUAGAUAUGUUAUAGGUUAAAUUUGAUUUCUGGUGAAAAUCUUCUAACCUAGGUUGGUUCUUAAUUUCUUUUUUCUCCUUAUGGGCUGGGAGAAGUAAGAAAUGAGGCUAAAUCAACCCAGGUUGAAUCAAAAUAAACCUAAAAUGAAAUUUGUCCUGUAAUAUAAAUACACUCAAUACUUUCUCUUGCAUCAGUGCUUUGUCAAACUUCAGAGGUUAUUGUCCCCAAACUUUACACUGUGAUUUUGCUUCCUAACGUCCUUUGUAGUGUACAAAGAUUGAUUCAGCGACCUAAAGUUGAUUAUCAAAAUAUCCUGUAACUUGUAACUUUUUAUUAAAUGUGUAAUAUAACCUACAACAAAAGAGUAACAUCAUCUGCCAUGAACAAGGUCCAGAAGUAACUUCUGGUCAAAAAAACAGAAGCAUUUCCACUCAAAUACUCUGAAAAGAUCAUUGGUUUUUGGACUGAGACUCAUGGAUUCUGGUCAGUGACUCAAGAUUUUUCACAAUACAAAUAAAAUGAGUCCCACUGCUCACCGUAAUAGCAAUCUUUGACAAAAUUUCCUUCCAGCCUGCUGCACUAGACAAGUUGGCUCACAGUAUGCUACAUGCCAGACACAAUUAUCACAGAAUCCUCCUCAAAUAUGUGUCAGCUCUACGCGACAUUCACACUCUGAAGAAGGUAUUUGUAUAACUACAGUUUUAAUAAAUUACUUGAUACAUGUAAAUGGUGCAGUGUUUAUUUAAUUUUCCAACUUGUUGAUUCAUCACCUAAUUGUAUAAGGGUAGUAAUUUUUCAAGGGGCAGCGGACUUAUAUAUUUACUUCUACUCAUUGGUUGAUGUGAAAUUCCAAUAAGUCGGAGGCUAACAGAUAUUGCAUAGAUGUAUACAUGUACCAAUGAACUGAUUUCUGGUCUCUCUCUCUCUCAUGCUUUGUCCACAGUUGAUGAUCAUUAUAAGUAAGACUGACUUGUUUUUUUCCUUGCAGGUGAUUAUUCUUCAGAAAGUCUUGGAACACAUGCUUGCCCAGUUCUCUUUCUUUAAUUUUGCUUAUCAGGUACAGUUUUUUAGCUCUACAAUAAAUAAAUAAAUUGACCACUCCAGAAAAUAUCAUACCUUAAUACUCUUUGUUUAUCACCCCAAAUUUUGCAUAAGCAUUGUUUUCAGUUUCUCUUGGGGCCAUUUUAACUCCCAAGAGAGAGUGACAAACAAAGAGCAUUAUGGUAUGUUAUGGUAUUUCUGGAGUGGUCAAUUAGUUAGAAUGGAAUCUAGGGGAAAAGGAAAUUUAAGAUAACACAGUAGACCUUUAGGCCUGGUAUUAACUUGCCGUGUACCUUUAUUUUCAUUUAUUAACCUGCACAUCCUGUUAUUAUUAUUGGGUUAUCAUUGUCAUCAGCAUCAUCAUCAUCAUCAUUUUUAUUAUUAUUAUUAUUAUUAUUCUAUCUGAAUUCCCCUAAUGCUUUUUUUAAUUCUGCAGCAUCAUGUGGGAAAACAUUAAAAUUGGUGGUCUGCUUUUUAUUUUCCUUUUAAACAUAAUAAUUAAUGUUUUUUUUUCAAUAGACGUUGAAAGAUAUGGAACCAUAUAUGAAUGAACUCUUUCAAGAGCUUCAAAACACUCAUGCUAAACUAGAGGUGAGACAUUGUUAUGUCAGUUUUAUUCUAAAUUUCCACUUUGCUAGUUAAGUAAUACACACUGCACAUAUGUCCCUUAAGACAAUUUAUUUUACAAUUUAGUUAUUAUCACUUUACAUUCCCUACUUCUGAGCAAGGUUUUAGCUGGGUAGGGACUCUCUUAGGGCACCUUCUAUUUAGCAAAAAAUAGUCCUUUUCUGAAGGUUAAACCCAUAGACAAAAGAAAGGUGUGGGAAUGGUGGCUGGUGAAACCAAAGAGAGCCUCAAACCAGCCUAGAAGGUAACCAUGACAACUUUAUGAGUGGCAACCACCGGGCACCAUCACACUGAGAACCUCAGUGGAGAAAUGCGCAGAUAUACUUACCAAAAAAAACAUCCAAAGGGUUGGGGGCUAAAAACAGCUAAAGCUACUGCACAUGAAGGCAACAUGAGCAAAAUUAUUGACUUCUCCAAAAGCGCUGUAAAAUUACUGUAGUUAAAGCCCUGCUAAAGCCCAAGACCGCCCCGCAUACAAUUGGUGGUGGAGACUGCCGGCCAGCAUUGUCUCAUGUUUAACCUUGCCUAAAUUAGAUUUAGCUACAUGUUUUUGCUAAAAACCACCUCAUUGGUGCAUACUAGUUAGGAUUUGACUGAUCUGGCUGGAUAUGUAGUUUUGAUUAAAAGUGAUGGGAAUUGUCUGGCUGGUCAGUUCUUACAAAUGGAAAGCACCCUUAGAUUCCCAUGCAGAUUUCUGUGUAAAAAAAUCUUGAGGCAGUUUAGAAUUGUUAAACUUGCUGCACUGGAAUUAAGUUCAAUCCUAAUUUGAUCACUAAUCAGACAGUAAACAGUGGCGUUUUGCCUGGCAAAACUACAGCUACUGAUGCCAUCAUUCAGGUUAUUAUGUAAUGUUCAUGGGCUGUCACCAAGGGCUAGGAUUUCCCCAGCCCCUAUAAUCAUGACCCCUGGCUGCUUUCACAGGAAAGCAAGAGAAAAACAAAACCGUAGAACGUCCUUCAGUUUUAUUCCCCUGCUUCUCUAACUACGUAUACCCAGCACUUUAAAAUCUUAGAAACUGCCCUGAUUUUUGGAAAAGUUACUAGUGCAUGUUAGAUUAAUUAGGAGUAUAAGUUUAAAACUUGUCGUUGCCUGUGUGGCAGCCAACCAAUGUGGUAAUGUUGAUGAUGGUGAUAUCAUGAUAAUUGUGAUGAUGAUGAUGAUGAUGAUUAUAAUGAUGACAGUGAUAGAAGUAAAACUAACAUUUCACUCAUCACAGGACAAACUCCAGGAGGAUGAGGAUGUUCAAGCAGCAAGUGAAGCUAGCAUUCUUACUCAGUAUCAGAAAGAUGCACAGUCUUUUGCCGAGCCACAGACAACUGUUCUUGGGUAAUACUAUAUGCAAUGUGCUGUAUGAAUUUCUGAUGUCCUUACAGUGUACGCGUAUCUAGAUCAUUUAGAUUUUUUCAAGUCUGUAAGGAAGAUCAGCAAGCAAGGUGUGUAAACCUAUCAAAAAAGAACUUGAUGUUGACCAAACAGGUUAUUUCAUUGCAAGCUAUGGAGGCAUUGACAGUUACAACAUUUUAAGGCAAUAUGCAUAUGCCUCACCAUUUGAAUGUCAACUUUUUCAUCUUGCUUAUGGGAAAAUGAAAUUUCUGCUUGACACUCACAAUAUUUCAUUUGUGUUAUUCAUGUUGCAUUCACUUUGGAUGCCCCUAAGACAAUGCACUUUUUUAAAAAAUUUUUUCUUCAUUAUUUGUUUGACGACCUUGUACUUAUGUGAUCCAAUGAUUUCAUGCUUAUUACCCUAAGGUGAUGCAGCAGAUUUUUUGUUAGAUGACAAUGAAUUCAAUCUGAGUCACAUGUACAUGCUCUAUUUUUACAGUUCAGCAACCCUCGGUCAUUCUGUUAAUGCAGUGAAUGCACAGGCAGGCAAGUUCUUUAACAAGAUUGGUGAUUUGUUUCAAGGAAGCACUGCAGGUUUGUAGCCAAAAUGAUGCACUAUAGAUUACUGUUGGCAUACUUUAGUUUAUUGUCUGAGUUAUUAAGUAGCAUCAAAUUUAAAAUUUUUAUUUUACCCUCAGGUUCCAAAAAAUCUAGCAAGGAUGUUCAUCGCCAGGUACACAUGAGUUUUUGCAUUCUUUUCAUUUCCUUAAAUGAAGUUUACAUUGAGAUUUAAGCGUGGUGAAAGUUAUACAUCAUAGUGGAUACUCAAGAAUUAUUCGCAGCUUGAAUUGGCUUGCACCCAGUGCAAGAUUUUUCUUCUCAGUGAUUUUGGACCUCAUUAGAAAUGCCUGAAACAGUUGUUAAAGUCUUCUUCAUCUAGAGUCGACUCUCUCUUAACGGACACCUCUAUAAGACAGACACCUCUGUAAAACGGACACCACGAGCUGGUCCCUGCCUUUCUUUAUUCCUUUUAUUUGACUCUCUUUAAGACGGACACCUCUCUAAGACGGACACUUAAUGCCAGUCCCAAAGUUGUGCGUCUUAGAGAGAGUUGACUGUCCUUAUUCAUUCAAUUAGCUUACAUUGUGCUGGGCCCUUCACUUAAACAUAGUUCAACUUAAGCAAUGGUUAAAACAAUCAGUAGACCUUCAAAUAUGUUUAAAUGUGAUUUAUUUCAAGUAUAGCAAGUGAUUACUAGUCUGCGCAAUGUGUCUUCAUGAUUCUGCUAGCAGCAAAGGGAUAUUAAAAGAUGAGCCAAACUUAGUCACCCUCAUAGCCGUUUUAGUGUCAUAAUGCAACACUCCUUCUCCAACCAACUCAACAUGGCUGCUUUUGAUAAAUUUGCAAGAAAAUUCCAAGGUGUCUUCUAAAAAAUGAAUAAUGUUUUUACCAAAAUUAAUCAUUCCCUAGGAUUCAGAAUGGGAGGUGAUUAAUAAGCCCACAGAGACAUCAUCCCCACAAGUCAACAGAAAAGAUCAAACAUCAUCAUCUUCGCAUAGUAAAGCUGAACCACCCACCAGCCUACCAUCUUCUCCAUCUAAGAAGAAGGAAGGCUCUUCAACAACUUCUGAUGGUAUGGUAUUUGCUCCAUAUAAGAUAGAAAACUAACCCAUCUCAGAAUGGGAUGUAAAUAACAAAAACUACUAACCUACAUGUGAUGACAGAUUUUUUUGUGUGUGAAUUUGUUUUUUUAGCCACUUUUACAAAGAAAGGAAUAACUGAUUGAAUCCUUGCUUUAUUUUUUUCCAGAUGUUCCUCAAGAAAAAGUCAUUAAAGUUAUACCUGAUGAUCUACUCAGUCCAAGCUCCGAAGUUGGCCCAUCCAACAUAACAAGUAAACAGCCCAAUACAGACACUUCAAGACCUAUCGAGUGAGAACAUUAUCAUCUUAUGUUUUAGCAUUUUGCUUUGUAUGAUCAAAUGCAAAACACGACUGUCACUAGAAUUUCAAGGAGGCAGGGAAUCAAGCAGCUAGGGGUUUCAUUUGGUUUUAUUUUUCUUCCUUUCAUUUCUGUGAAAGUUGCCAGGGGUUAUGGUACAUUCCUUGUAGUUAGGGGAAAUGCCCAGCCCCUAGCUCUUGAUUACAGCCUAAGGGAAAUCUAUAAAAAUGAUUCAACAUACUAAAUUGGCUAAAAUCGGAAUAAUUUAAACUUAAUUCAAAAUUGUGAAAAAAAAAUUUAAAAUUAAAGUUGCAUAGCUUUUUGUUGUGACAAAUGUUGAGCACUGCCAUGUACAAAAUUUACUUGCAUUCAAUAAUGUAAGUAAUUAUUCUGUUUUACAACCUUCCUUUCAGAAUUAUAGCAGCAGGAGAGGGGACCUUGGCUGAAACGUCUGUUGGUUUUGAGCGAUGUAAGAGAGGAUACUUAAGGAUAAAACAGAAGGGCUUCCCCAAGUCAAGAUGGCCACUACUGGUAAACAAGUCUAAUGUUAUCUACACCUAACUGUUUUCUGUAGAACCUUUGUGUUGGCACUCCCUUGGAAAAGAGUGAAAGAGAAGAACCAUGAUGAAUUUGCUUUAGACAUGGUAUUGGCCAACGAUAGUAGUUCGUCUACCACUUUAAAAGAUUAAAAAUUGCUUAAAGUAUGAAUUGAAAGCAAAUUAACAGUUCCACUUAACUGUAUUGUUGAAGAAGUCUCAUUUUUAAGCUCACAGACCUUUGGAGUAAUUUAGAAUUUAUCAAAACCUCUGAGUGGGUAGGAUUGUGUUUCAGCGGUGUCAUGGCAAAUUUGUGACACAAGGUGAAGAAACAUGCAUUGUAACUCAUUCACAUGCAUUUUGAUGGCAUACAGCAUGCAAAGAAAAUCGUGUCCGAUAACCUGGGGCUAGUGGAUUUUGCUAUCGGGCUAGUGAAUUCUGUUCUUAAAUUGCCUGACAGGCAAGUGAAGAUUUUUGGGUAUUCAAAUUACAAAAGAAUGGGUAAACAAUCCUGCUCUUCAAAAAUUGUUUUUGGGCUAGUACGUGCUAGCUACAGCUUGCCUGUAGAGCAAGCUGCAAAAUUGCUUUCAUUCUGGACUUGUUCCUGAAGAUACAAGAAUUCAAAUGCUUAAAAAGCAAAUUGGUUUUUCUUUGCAUCCUGAUGAUUGGAUACUCUAAAAACAAUAAAGAAAAUUAUCCGAGAAAGUGCUUUUGACAGCAAGAAAAAGAAACCUGGGUUAAAAUUUAACCUCAGGUUAGCGUUAACCGGCGUUCGAACAACUAGGCCCAGGGCAUCUCACAUUAAGAGGGCAUAUUUGAUGUACUUUGCUGUUCUGUUAGUACUUCAUUGUGGAUCAAAAAGAUGGCAGAUUGUUAGCUCAAGGUCAAGAACAGGUCUCGCCAUCAGUGAUGGAAAAUCUGUUGCUGUGCACAGUGAAGUUGUGUGAUUCAUCAGAUGCAGACAGGAAUAACUGCUUUCAGGUACAUGUAGAUACUCAGAGCUGUAAAAUUAGAGUUGGUUUUACUGAAACCUGUCCAGCAAACAGCCAUAAUUAAUAAUAUUAUCCUGCUCUUUUAGACUUCUAAAACAAGCUAUUGUUAAAGAAAUAAUUUUUUGUCGCGCUAUUAUUUUUUAUGGACUUGGUAAUGUAAGGCAAGAUUAGACCAUAUGUAUUUUAAAGGGUAUCAUGUAACAGUUGCUAAUAGUUACUGACAACCUUGUCACAUGUAUUGUUACUUAAAUUCUGUUCAAUAAUAAUAAUAAAAUAUUUUUAUAUAGUGGCAAUAUCCUUUAUGUUCAAAAGUGCUUAACAACAAGAAUAAAAUAAUGAUAAUAAUAACAAAAUAUUAACAAAAAGCUUCAAAUCUUAAGAUGAAAAUAAAAAUGGCUUAAAAGGUAUUGAAAAAAAGUCAUAAAAAUGCUUUUUUAAAAAGAAAAAUUUUAAGUCUUUUUUUUAACAUUCAACAAGGGCUUGCGCAAAAAGGUCUCCUGGCUCACCUUCAAUUUAUUGCUACCAGAAUAAUAUUAUACUUGGCAACUUUGGUAUUUACUGGUUAUUAAUUUAUUUUGUUUUGUUUGCAGCUUAUAUCACCAUCUAGUGAAAGAAUUUUCCAAGCAGUCACUGAUCAAGAAGUACAAGAGUGGGUUACAGCAAUUCAGGUACGUAAGAGGCUUUGAGUCAAUUUGUUAUUUUGUGUCAAAAAAUUAAGACUAUAGGAGAGAGGUUUUACAAAGAAUUCUUUAAUUCUUUUAAUGGCAGUUGUUGAGGGGUGUGGCCAUGUCAGCCCCCCUUAGUUCCAUCCAGGCUUAUGGGGGAUUGUUUUAUUAGUCUCUCCACUGAGCUGCAAAUACAAUGUAGCACUGCUUCAAUUUUGUAGUUUGUAUGAUCUAAUGUGUCAGAUUCUACAUGCCUGUGGUUGGAAUAGCAAUGGACUAGAAUCCUAUUGAGGAAGUGAGACAGCAAAUUUUUCCAAAUUAAUACUGGUACUUGUUUUUCUUUAGAAAGCAACUGCUGAUGCCUUAAGAAAUUCUAAAGCAAAGCUACAGGUGAGUUACACAUAGACCUAAGUUGUCAUAAUAAUACUUAAUACUUAAUUAUUAUUAUUUAAUUAAUGUAAUAAUUAUUAAUUAAUUAUUAAUUAAUAAUUAUUAUUAUUUAAUUAGGAUUUUUAGUGUUCGUGGUAAUUAUUACCAUGAACACUAAAAAUCCUCAGCAUGGAGGAAAUUAAUGUAGUAAAAUAAGACGCAUUGAGUAGAAAAUAAAUGAUAUUUAAAUCAAACAAACAAACAAACAAGAAAAACAUUUGUUAAUUUUGAUUUAUGAACUGUAUUAUUUUGUCCUUGAGGGUACCAUUAAGUCCCAGUCCUCCACCCUCCCUCCCUUUGGUUAUUUGGUCAUCUUUAGGUAUCAGUAUCUUACGUUGGUCUCAGUAAAAGUUAGAGGUUUGAAUUAUUUCUUUUAAGUAACAUGAUUUAAGUAUGUUUCAUUAUCAUCUUUUUAAGUGUACAUUUAUGUGAAUGUAAGCCACCCAAAACUUGGAUUUAAAGUUUAUAAUUUAUUGUUACCUUUUAAAUUGUUGUAGCAUGCAUAUUACCUAGUGAUCUCCAUUUUUGGCGGGAAGAAAUAGGUUGCAAAAAGUUGCCUUUAAAACCGAUCAACAUGGUCUUUUUGUUUUAGUCACUUGCGAGAUCUCAAGUAGACCAAUCAACUUCUGCAGCCAAUUCAAAGAAAGUGUAUGUUUCAAAUGCUUCCGAGAGGAUUAGAAAGAUUGAGGGCAAUUCAUACUGCGCUGACUGCUCAGCACCACGUGAGUAAACUUACUAUCAGCACUGAUCUAUCUACAUGUAGUUUCUUGUUAAAGAACAUUAGUACAAAAUUUGGCAGAACUGUUAUGAGAAUAAUUUUAAAGAUCUGAUCAUCAGGUAAUGGCAGUGGCAUGAAGAGGCAGCCAUUGUGUUGGAAGUAGGAGCAUUAACUAGAUACAGUUUGUCAUCCCUUAUAUGACUGUAAGUUCUUUUACCAUAAGAUUGACCACCACUGUUUUAUCUUUGCCUUGUUUGUUUUGUAAAUAUGAUACAGUAUCUGUUAAUAUAUCAUGACUGUUUGAUUCCUAACACCUGCUAGAGUAAAAAAUUCACAAAAAUUCCAAAUUUCAAAAAAUUUACAGGGUUCAAAAUUUCUUUUGUUCAAAAUCUCCACUGGCAAAAAUUUUCGGUAACAAACACGGUUUUGUUUGUACAAUGUAAUUAAUUGUUAACACUGUUCAAAAGUUCCUGGUCAGUGGACCGCCACAGCUACUUCGUGUAAGAGGACCACGUUUAUUUCCAAAAUGAAUGGUAUUUAAUUGUAACACUGUUCAAAAGUUCUGGGAUUUUUUGUCCAUAGAUUUAUAAUGAUCAGUCACAUCAUAACUUGGUUUAAGUUAACAUGAAAGUGCAUAUCUAACAUCAGUCAUAUUUGAUGUUACUCUGUUUGUUGUAGGGCCAGACUGGGCAAGCAUUAACUUAGGAAUCUUAGUUUGUAUUGAAUGUUCCGGAAUACAUCGGAGUCUAGGAGUGCAUGUGUCUAAAGUGAGAUCACUGACGUUAGACAAAUGGGAGGACCAGACUGUUAAGGUAGCAUUGUUUUAAAUUUAUUUUUUAUUGAAUGCAACUGAUACUCGUCAUCUACAAGAAAAGUGGAAUUUUUUUUUCAAAAAGAAAGAAUGAGUCAUUGGACAGAUUGCUAACAUCCUCUUAUUAACAGUGUAUUGUCCUGUCUGGGAGCUCUUCAUUUUCUCAGUUAUUUAUCAAUCCAGGGCAACCUGGAUUUCAUAGAUUCAAAACCUUUUGGCCUCUUUCUGGUAGCUACUGGUUUAUUUUAGGAGUGCAACACUUAUUUAGUUCACUGAGAUAGUGUGCUACUUUCAGCCAAAUUUAGGGUAUAUGCAUUACUGAAUAUUGGCUAAAAAACAAGAACAAGAAACAAGAACAAGCCCAACAUCCUGGCCCAUAUAUUCAGCCAUCUUGACCAAACAAGCUUGGUUAGAAACUUGUUGAUUGUGUAUUCCAUUUCCUUUCUUUUUCACCAGUAUAUGGAGUCCCUGGGAAAUACGAAAGUCAAUAGAAUAUAUGAAGGAAAUCUUGGAGAAUAUAAAAAACCUGCAAGAGAUUGUUCAAAGUAAGUUAGAUUACCACAUGUUUUUCUGACAUAAUGUUCCCACUUGCAUCUAGAAAGGCACUUAAUGACAAAUAUUUUUUCGUUCUGACAGGGAAGAAAGAAAAAAGUACAUUGUCACGAAAUACGUAGAUCAACGAUUCUUCAUCCCUGAGGAAAGCACAGAUAAAGAACUUCAAGAAGUUAUGAAAAAUAGACCACCGGGAGAAGGGGAAGAUGAGCUGUUUAACGACUCUGCAGAGGUAUGAUGACCAGGAACAACAACGUAGACCCCAUGCAAUGCAUUUAUAUGGAGAAAAGUUGUCAUGGGAAGAAGGCACACCCUCCUACCCAAGCUACUUUGGGCGAACCAACGUUUCCUACACUUCCUUGCAAAAAUUGGUGAACCAUUUAAAACAGAAGCAAAAAGUUCCCUCGGCUAGAGGGUUGAACCGCCGAGUGGGUCACCCAUUUGCGACAGUAGGGUCACCCUCAUAGCUGGUCCAACAUUUCUCCAUGUAAAGUAAAACACUUUGGCUGGCUCAGCCAGGAGAUUCGGUGACCCCUACGAGAGACCGGCAGAUUGUUGCUGUCAAUCUUGGUGCUGAGUAUAAUCUAGGAUCCAGGUGGUUUCUCAUAUAUGAAUUAUUAGAAUGUAGAAUUUUUCUUAAAUCUCAACUCUGGUAAGUAAAAGGCCAACUUUAUUUUCUGUGACAUAACCGACACUAUGCUCUCAUUUCUAUUAGUUCCUAGAUUUUCUGCAGCAGAGAUCGAUUCAAGGAUCUAGUCCCGUUUGUUUAGUGGAUGACUGCAAGGUACAAAAACCUGCUUUAUUUUAAGCACCAAUGUAUUUAGCUCAAAGUACUAAUUGUGGUACUGGUUGAAGUAAUUAUGACGAGUGACCCACAAUAACCUAAUGGUAUAGGUUAGCCAAGAAGCUAUCACAAAUCUCUAUUUUUUUAGGGAGCUUAAGCAACAACGCGGGCGACGGGCAGUGAAACAUCUCUGAAAUACUGAAUUCACAUGGCUCCAAACUUUAUCACGACUAUUCUACCUCGUCCUUGUUCAAAUGUGCGCGAAUUUUUCUAGAGCUGAAUUCCAAAGAGCUGUGCCUAAGUUAUGAAAAAGAAAGAGAAAAUCGUUUUCUUGCAUUCAUGUCUUCUAUAAAACGUGAAAUUAGGUAUUUUUUUGCAUCUUAGUAGUGUAACAACGGCAAAAAAGCGUGCAACACGUGCCAAGUUGUUGUUUUGCUUAUUCUAAACCUGUUCCUUUUUUGCCGUUCUUGUUGCUGUUGCCGUCAUUGUUGCUCGAGCUCGUUACUGUUCAUGCAAUUCUGCCCUCUCAUUGUUUGACAGUUUUCGUCUUUGGUCCUCAACAUACCAGUGCUUACUUUAAAUUUAUGGAAGUGGUGCCUGUUAGCCACCCCCCCCCCCACCCCCCUCACCUUCCAGACCUCAAACAUCUGAGUUCUUCCUUUCCAUACCAGUAAUCCAUGAGGUUAUUGUUUGUGCAUUUUAACAACAUCACUCAUGUUAUUAUCAGACCAUCUGCAAAGAUUAUAAUUCCUCUCAUUCAGAUAUCAUUUCGAUCUUGUGUUUUCUAUCAGGAAUGUGCGUCAUCCUCAAAUUGUGUUCACAAGGGACAAACAAAUGGACAGUUCGCAUCAUCUCAGUUAAUUGUCACACCUGCGGAAGGCGAAGAAAGCGAAUGUUGACUUGGAAUGGCAGUGUUGGGCUAUUAACAUAAAAAUCAAUACUUAUCUCAUAUAUUAUUUUUUGGGCUUAAAACUGUGAAAGAAUACUUUGAAAAUAUGUGAAGGUGGAUGGAGAGAUCCGUAGAGCAACCAAGCCUGAAACAAACUUUUCUCUGAUUGCACAAUAGUAUUAUUACCAUGAUGUGAGUCAUCAAAUUUGCACUCACCAUGCAUCAUGUCAAACGAAGCGAUUUCUCUCUCAGAGAGGAAACAAACCUCCAAUCAUGAGGCAACUACAUGUAUUUAAGUCCCUCUCAGUGACGCAUGACAGCUGUUAACUGAAAUAAUCCAAAAAUCAAGGUGGCAGUUACACGGUGACUCUUAUGAAAAUGGCUCAUGCUAGCUAGACCUUCCACAAAGAUUUUUCUGGUCAUGGGAAAUUCAAGCACAAAGAUGAUGUUUUUGUUCCGUCCCUCGUCACACUUGGUUUUUGUACAUUAUUCACACUCUCUGCAUAUUUGGUCAACUUGUCGAGACUCAUAUAUUAUGUUUCAAUUUUGUAGUGUUAUUUUACUGUUCCCUGGAAAAAAGAUUAUGUUUGAACACAUUGUAGGUGACUAUUGCUUGAAAUUUAUUCAUUACAAGUUCAAGUAUAAUUUAAAAAACCAACAUUUACCAUACUUGUGGACAGGAUCGAGCGGCAAGGAAUAUCGGAAUUACAAAAUGAUUUUUUUUUCAAUUGUGGAGUAAAAUCUAACGGUGCAUGAACCAAGAAAUGGCAAAAAAAAUAAGGGAGGCGGAUGAAAAAGAGGAAGAUAAGAGAUUAAUCAAUCUUUUCCCCUCUCCGCUUUCAAGCCAUUUCAAACUGUCUGAUUAUGUGACGUGGGUGAGUGAAUUGCAAUUAUUACAAUAUUAACCUGUAUUGAUAAAAAAAUCAGUCACCAUGAGUGUGUUUUAGACAUAAAAUGUUAUUUAUUUGCUUGCAGAUCUAAUAAUUAGUUUAUAAUUCAAGAUAAUGAAUGUAACAUUUUACUCCAUGUAAAUGAGUGGGCAGUGACCAUGUAUGGUUGUGUAAAUUAUAAUAAGAAGUGUUAUAAUAAACUGGCGGUGAUAUAUAGUACAGUGUACGUGUGCACUAGCACUUUGAUAAAAGUGAGCGAAUAACUUCUUGG